UUCAUUUGAUCAUUUGGCCUGGCGCUGGCCUGACGUCAAGUGACUGGGAUCUGGGCCUGGGAAGCGUCUUGAAAGAUCACUGUUUUGUCUUUUGACUUGGGAUUUUAGGAUGUUUUCUCCGGUAUAUACACAAACCAGGGCAACAUUAGCUCGGAUAAGAUGUCUCCAAGAGUGUAUUGAAUGCUUCCGUGACGCAAAACGGCUUCCAGAAGCACUGUGUUACGUGCCGAGUGGACUCGAGUUCAAACUUUCCCAGACGUCGACGCGAUUAAAUGUUUACAAAAAUCCAGACAGGCAGGGUGAAUGCAUCACCACCUUAACAGCAGAAAAUGAAAAUGAAAACAAGCUGUAUGUUGCUGGAUUGGCCAUGUGCAAUUCUCAAGGACAAUGGCUAAAAUUCGAGAGUCCAGUUGAAGGUUGGGUGCUGCUGUAUGACAGUAAGGCAAGCCAAGACGAUCCUCCGUCACUCCAACCAGUGGAAUCAAACAUAGCUAGUCCAUCGAGUCUUUUCGGAAAGACUGUCAAACGAAUUGAUGACUGGGAGGAGGUAAUAGAAGUGAGCUAUAGCCUGCGUAUUGGGAAGCUACCCGAGGUGAGACCAGCCCAUAGGGAAGGUGUGGAGGACCUAAGGAGCGUCCCUCCUAACUGGAGCCUUGAAUGUGAUGAGGAGCUAGCAAAGUUCCUUGGGGAACACACGGAUCAUGAGAACGAGAAGCUGGGAAGUGUGAAGCAGUAUGUGGAGUCUGUGGAUGUAUCAUCAAGCUGGGAUGAUGAGAGUGCAUCGUGCCUGACAGACGGUGAUACUACCACGUACUGGGAGAGUGAUGGUAGGCAAGGUCAACAUUGGAUUCGACUGGGUAUGAGGAGAGGCACCAUUAUCAAGAAGCUGUUCAUCACAGUGAAUGCCCAUGAUGAUAACUACAUGCCUACCCAUGUAGUAGUGAUGGCUGGGGAUAGAGAGCAUCUCGUCAAGCUCAGUGACCAUACCAUUGAACAGACGUAUUCAGGAGACAUCUGUAUUCUAGAGGACAUGACACAGUUCUACUCCACCGUGGAAAUUAGGAUAAAGACGUGCAAGGAUGAUGGUGUUGAUACGAGGAUACAUGGAAUCAAGAUCAAAUCCCUCAAAGAGAGAGAUCUAGGACUCAAUAUAGACCUGUUUGACAAGAAAGAACUUGUAAGGUAUCCAAGGUUAGAACAUGUAGAUAAGGAGAAGUUAUACCAGAGGGCACUCAUCUUGCAAAGGUUCAUCAAGUUGCUGGACAGUGCGGUUCAUUUCAUCGUACCAGCUUGGGAGUAUUCCGUGGGGUCUUUCCGUUCUCUAGAGGUCGUUCGUCAGUUCUUGCCACUCUCUAAGAAACGAAAUGGUCUCAUCCAUCACUUCCUUAGCCAAUCAGAAACAGGGAGACCCUCUCGGAUGCCAAGGCUAUACAUCAACCGACGCAGUGCUGCUGAUCAUAGGAUAGACCCCUUUAAGGACCCCUCCGGCAAGAAUUCUAUCUUCUCUCAGAUGUAUGAAGGACUGAAACCGAAGGACAAGUUUGAGAAGCCUUUAGAUUUCAGAUGGCCUCAGCAGUAUGAUCAAUGGUGGGAGUGCAAGUUUCUAUCAGAAGGGAUCAUCGACCAAGGAGGAGGAUUCCGUGACAGCCUUGCUGAUUUAGCAGAAGAGCUUUGUCCAACAGGGAAAGAUGAUCCUAUCCCUCUACCAUUCUUUAUCAGAUCACCCAAUCAGAACAAUGAUGAUUCCAACAUCAACCGAGAUGUGUACUUACCAAACCCAUCCUGCCGGCAGUUUGCCAAGUAUGAGUGGAUUGGGAUGUUGAUGGGAGCUUGUCUCAGAAGUAGAGAACAUCUGGUUCUGUCUCUACCAGCAUUUGUAUGGAAGCUGAUGGGUUAUGAACAUGUGACCUGGUCUAGAGACUUCAAGACUGUGGAUGCAGCUUGUGUGAAGAUGAUAGAACUAAUUGAAUCUAUGGACAGAGAAACCUUUGAGGCUUCAUUCGCCGGUGAGCUGACUUACACCACUAGUCUUAGUGACCAGACUAUUGUACCACUCAAGGAUGGCUGCACUGAUACACAUGUACUCUAUGAUGACAGGCAGGAGUACUGCAGGCUGGUGAAGAAGGCUAGAAUGGCUGAAUGCACAGAGCAGGUAGAGUCUCUGAGACAAGGACUUCUGAAGGUCAUCCCUCAAGCUGUCCUUGACCUCUUGACCUGGCAGGAGCUUGAGAGGAAGAUCUGUGGUGACCCUAUGAUCACCGUGGAGGACUUGAAGAAAACAACAUUCUAUGAAGACAUCGAGGAGUCUGACAUCAGAGUCAAGUACCUUUGGGAAGCACUCACUAAAUUCACCCAUGAGGAUAGAAGUCGUUUUCUGAGGUUUGUGACUGGUAGGAGACGCCUUCCUGCUCCUCUCUACAUCUGCCCAGAUAGAGGAGACAAAGUUGAUGCCCUGCCAGAGUCAUCCACAUGUUCCAACACAUUGUUCUUACCAGUGUAUUCCAGUGCAAAAAUCACAGAGGAGAAGCUGAGGUAUGCUGCGUAUAACUGCGUUGCUAUUGACACUGACAUGAGCCCUUGGGAUGAGUGAGAUGGCAUCAGGUCAACUGGACACAGAAAUGAGUAUGUGGGACGAGAGGAUGGUUUCCCUGCCAAGCGCCAGUGACUAAAUCUCAUUGAGAACACUACCCAGUUGGUCCAUUUUGUCAAUCUGCCCAGGAUCUUGGACGGAUCAAUUCGUGCUCCAUUUAUUAGGGCUGUAACAUGCUUGCACUAUAAGGGUGGACUGGUGGGCUAGUGCUGCAUCUUUGAAGGGCGUAAAUUCUCCUUUCUUCUUCCAGUGUAAGUGCUGCUUCAAGGUGAUGAAGAUAAAGGAUAUGAGUCAAUGUCCGUCUUGCUCUCUGCUAAUAAUGUGUAUUGUGAAAGCUGAUGGCAUGGUCACAUCUCAAAAUCAUACAAAACAAUCUGGAACAAAAUAUGUUUGUGUGACAUAAAUAGUGACUUGUAAUUAACAAGGAAACUUCUUGCACUUCAUUUUCUCUUUUUAUUUAUACACAUGAAUACAAAAAAUGGACAUGUGAUGAUGUGACACAUUCAUAGAUUUAUUUAUUUUCAAAUAUGAUUAAUGUUGAGAAAGGAGGACUUUUUAUGGGGAAUACCUGAUAAUUCUCAAAUUUGAGAAUCCUCUCUCCUGCAAUAUAUACCAAUUCUUAGUGAUGAGAUUAAUGGCAUAGUUUAUAGUACACUGUUGAUGGCCUUGUAUUGAUCACUGAGCCUGCAAACAGACAGGUUUUAUUAUUUGUUAUCUCUUUUAGUUCAUGUCUUUAGUUUCUUUCUAAAAGGAUCAUGAGACCCUUAUUAAAAAUGUCUGUACUGAAAUGCUUGUGUAUUCAAGAAUUCCACAUCUUAGUAUGUACAUGUAUGUCAUGCUAUGUUAGGGCAAUUCUUUGUGUCUUAAAUAUAUAAUAUUGUUAAGGCUAUUCAGUAUACUAAGUCCUUUUUGUUAAUUUCCCUCUUGGUCUACAUUAUGUUGAAUGUAACAUGAGUAUUGAAAGGAAAAAUUGAUAUAAUUAUUCUACAUUCUCCUUGUUUCACAUUCCCUGUCUAAAGUACCAUUUAUCUUAUUGAGGCUAUGAAGAAAGCAUUGGAAACAUUACAAUAAAAAUACGGUGAGAAAGGGUUUAUAAAAGUAUUUGACUUUGCAGGUAUCUUUUGCAUCCCCCUUAUGCAAACAAGAAACAAAUAGAGAAAGGUUAACAUGCUCUCUUUUAAAUUCUGAUAAUCUUUAGCUUCAAACUGGCUCAUAUUUGUUAUUAAAGGUAGAUUACUAACAUGCACAAAUCCACAAUAUUUAUAAAAACCGUUGAGCAACUCCCAGAAACGUAAUACCAGCUUUGUUGGUAUCUUCUACUUGUAUAUCCAAGGAUGAAUAUAAAUCACUUUAUUUCCUUUUUAUUGUAAUUCUUGGCAUGGGCUGUAAUACGAUCGGUAAAAAAAAUCUUCAGAUAGUUAAAGAGUCCUUGAGUGAAAGAGUUCCAUAGUAUUUUAAUACCAACUGCAAAAGAAAACUCGUCAUGGUUCUUUUCACAAAUACAAUGUUCAGAAGAGAAUUAUGUGUGUUCAUGUCUCAUUUUCAGAUUACUGUGUAAGGUGCUUAUAUGUAGAGCUGAGGAUUUUUUAAAACAAUCUAAUUGAUUCGUAUUUAUUUUGUUGGCAGAACUUGUCAUUUGUACAUCUUAAAGUGUGUAUUAGUGAUGCUGAUAUAUUGUACAAGAGGUGUAAUAAAACCAUAUACGUGCAAAAUAUA